AUGAUAAAAAUGAUUAUUAUAAUAUUUCUUCUAUUAUAUAUAUUAAACAUAAUUAAUUUAAUACAAAUUGGUUUUAUAAAUCAUAUUUCUGUAAUUAUAAAUACAAGUUUAAUUUCAACAUCAAAUUCAAAAUGCAUUGAUUGUCUUUGCAAUUGUUUAAAUAAUAAUAAACAAAUCAAUUCAACAAUAUCAAAAUGUUAUGAUAUUAAUUGUUUUCCAUCGAAUAAUUCAUGUCAACAAAUUGAACAUCAUGGAUUCAAGAAACAGAAAUUUCAUUUAAUUCUACAUCAGAUCAAUUGUAUUGGAGAUAGUCUUAUUGGUCAUUAUUUUGUAUCAAAUUUAACACGAUUUUAA